AUGGCCAAGGCAGCAAGGAAAAGCUACGGGGCAUCCAACAAUAAGCAGGUUGAUGCCGAGAAACAUCUUACGUCAGUGUUCAAGUUCAAUACUGAUCUCGGACAACAUAUUCUAAAGAAUCCAUUAAUUGCACAGGGUAUAGUGGAUAAAGCACAAAUAAGGCCAUCGGACACAGUCUUGGAAGUUGGACCAGGAACAGGUAACCUAACAGUCCGUAUUCUGGAGCAAGCCAAAAAUGUGAUUGCUGUGGAGAUGGAUCCAAGAAUGGCAGCGGAGUUGACAAAGAGGGUUCAUGGCACUCCCGUCGAGAGGAAGCUUGAAAUAAUGCUGGGGGAUUUCAUGAAGACCGAACUCCCCUAUUUCGACAUAUGCAUAAGUAACACGCCGUAUCAAAUAUCGGCCCCCCUGGUCCUCAAGCUGAUCAACCAUCCAAGGCCACCCAGGGUAGCAAUACUGAUGUUCCAAAGAGAAUUUGCAAUGAGACUAGUUGCAAGACCGGGCGACUCCCUGUACUGCAGAUUAUCAGCAAACGUUCAAAUGUGGGCCAACGUCACACACAUAAUGAAGGUCGGCAAGAACAACUUCAGACCACCGCCACAAGUCGAAUCAAGCGUCGUGCGCAUGGAGAUAAAGAACCCAAGACCGCAGGUAGAUUUCAACGAGUGGGACGGGCUUUUGAGGAUCGUGUUCGUAAGAAAAAACAGAACAAUAUCCGCAGGGUUCAAAUCAAGCACUGUAAUUGAAAUCCUGGAAAAAAAUUACAAGACCUACUUGGCAAUGACCAAUAAGAUGGUUGACGAUAACGAGAAUCUUAAGGAAACCGUCAAACAAAAAAUUGAAAUGGUGUUGAAAGAGACUGGGUUAGCUGAAAAAAGAGCGGGUAAAUGCCUUCAAACCGACUUUUUGAAACUUCUCUACGCAUUUCAUCAGGUCGGUAUACACUUUUCAUAA